UUUUUUCAUUCGAGUUUGCAUUUGCACCAAUGCCGCGCAAACUACUUCCGCACAAAACGAUUACAUCAUUGAAGCAUCAGCAACAAAAGAAACAAAAACAACACCAACAACUAAGGAAAUUUGUGUAAACCCAGGUAUACCUUACUCCACGCAAGUAGCUGGGUACAAUUGUAAUAGCACCAACAACAACACCACUAACCAUCACAUGCUAAUUUCCCACACCCGCCACUUUAACGAAUAAUGGCCAUAGAUUUCCUAAUACUCGCCCUACUGCUCGUCUCGUUUGUCAUCAAUCUGCUGGCUUUGGGCGCUUUCUGGGUCACACCCGGCUUGCGCACCACCGCCAAUCGCUUCACCAUCAAUUUGCUAGUCAUCAAUCUGAUCGGUUGCCUCAUACUUGCGCCAACUCUAUUUCUCAGUCAAGCAACGCGCAACGCUACAGAGGAGGAAGAUGUCGCCAACUCAUCGGCCAACUCUGCCACAGCUGCGGCAGCAUCAUUGUCUGCUAGCCUUUCGCUCGCUGCAGCGUCUAGCGACGAUCGCAUCGAAAUACUCGCCAAGCCGGGCAAUCGUCAGAUGACCAUCAAACACAAUGGCAGGCUGGUGGAGCAGGAGGGCGUGAUUGUGCGCCGCAAUUUGACAAGCAUGCGCAGCGAUGGCGAACAGGAGGCGCGCACAAUUGAGACGAUAUACAAGUGCAAUUCCACUUAUUGUCAGGAGCUGACAAUCGAUGAAGGCACCGAUACUAUUGUGAUCACCGAGAUCGAGGAGGAGAACCAUCACGCCGAGGCUGUUACUUCAGCGCGACCCGAUGCGGUCAUGGCUGCACUGAUGCCGCGUCCACACAUCCGCUGCUGGUCCAUCGAUAUGGCGGCCGCUUUAGGUGCGCUUGGCGUGUUGCUGGUAGUCGGCGACACCUGGUGUGCUGUCACCGAUCCGCUGCGCUAUCAUACGCGCAUUUCCAGUCUGAAGACAUGGAUCUUUAUCGCGCUCACCUGGAUCGUAGGUUUACUGUUUGGCGCGCUCUCCGCCUUCCGCGAAAUAGACUUCACUUCGCGCACCGUGGUGCAUGAGGGACAACCGGGCAUCAGUGAGUUAAGCAUCUCUUCGGCGAACGGCAUUUUCGGCAUCAGCUUCGCCUGCGUCUACUUUAUAAUCAUCAUCCUGCUGCCUUUUGGUUUCGUUUGUGGCAUGUACUGGCGCAUAUUCAGCGAGGCACGUGAAAAUGGGCUGCGCAUGCGCCAGAACGGCUCAUCACCGCUGCUGCAGAGCGCGCUCAACCUCACACACCACCAACAAAGCUCAUCGCUUCAGUAUGCGAAUAUGUGCGCGCACCGCAACUCCGUUUCGUCGGCUUCGUCGAAUGGCGGCGGCAGCGCAUGCGAGCGUGGCGGCCUACAGAUGCAGAUCGAUCAACGCAAAAGUUCACCUGUGUGCACGCGUCGCGACUCUGCUGCCAAGGUGCUGCUACCGACGAUCUCCGAUGACGGGCUGUCCGAUGAAGCGGCACAGUUGGAGUCGGGCGAAUACAACACCGAGCCAUUGGCGUCACUAACGCAACAACCCAACUAUGCUGACCGCAAUCAGAACAUUCUGCUGACAUUGCAGACAGCCAGUGGCGAAAUCAAGCGCAACUACUCGGCGCGUCAGCUGCCGCUGCUGGGCACAUCUUCUCAAGAUCUGCACGAAUCGCAUGGCCUGCAGGGCGUGCGUCAAGUGCACUCUUCACCCAACUUGCACAAGUACACACAAGACCCGCUGGAGUCGAACUGCUCGCCACACCUGCUGGGCCACCAGCAACUGCAUGCGCAUCACGCACCCACCGUACGCCACCAACAGUUUGCGCCACAAAGCGCCAACCGUCAUCACUCGCAUGUGCUACAAAUUCCCUGCUUGCCAAACAGCUCACCGAAAGCGCUUAGCUACAUGUCCACGCUGCGUCAUCGACUCUCGAAUGCCUCAUCGCUCUUCAAGUAUCGCGAAGAAUCGCGCACGGUACGCAUCAGCAUUCUAGUGGUCAUCAUGUUCAUGGUCUCCUACCUCCCCUACGGGUGCUUGGUGUUACUGCAGAGCCGCCUACCCAGCGCCAAUUUCGAACAUUCCACGCAACUGGCCAUCUUCAUGCUGCUGCUGGGAAAUCUCACCUCACCCUUCAUAUUUGCCUACCGCAACAAACGCGUGCGGCGUGGCGUAAAGCGGCUAUUCGGCCUAGAAUCACGCACGCGUGAACGCACGCUCCAACGUCAAAGCAGCUCAGGCGGACGCGGUAGCGGCUUCCUCAAUCGUCACUGCGCUGGCACACGCUGCGGCGCCAACAUACGACGCAACAUCAGCAAAGCAUCAACAUACUCACUCAACUCAUGCAAGUUCCUAACGCCGCAAAAUUCGCUCAGCAGCACAGUCGGACCACCGCUACAGGCAACAAAUAGACACAGCAGCCCCGCGCGCAUACACGGCUUGCGACCGAAUAGCAGCUGCAGCACGAUCAUCAACUUUAGCGCACCUCUAGUCAAGGAGCACACACAAACACAAACGCAGACAGCCAAAGCGAUAGAAGCUACAACGGUUAGUGUAACAAAAAGCUACGAUGCUGCAACGCCCCCCAUCAAAACGACGCUCAUAUUCACCGGUAAUGGCAAUGGCAAUUCGCCGAAUGGCACCGCGCGCAUCACAGAAGCGCUGCCAGCGGCGAAUGGCAAAUUUGCGCCCAAGCGUAGUCUCUUCAAGAUCUUCUUUCAGAGUUCGAAAAACUUAGGCUGUGCAGCGGCGCAAUCAUGCGCACAGGGCAAGGACGCUGACGUGGAGCCAGCAGCCGUGUGAGGGGGCACGCAACACAUGCCUUACAUUGGCAUAGAGAAAGAGAUAUAUGCAAACAGGCUCGUCGCACAGUAUCGCAGGCAGGCAGAGUCGACAGCUAGUCGAUCAGUCGGCCAGGUUAGCUGUUGUUGAGGCACAUAGCGGUCUUUCUGAAAGACCGAACGUGCAGUCCAUAUGCGGCCGGUAGCUGUCAAGGCAGUAAGACGAGUGCUACAGCAGCCAACACACACACACACACACACACAGACACACUAAUGGGUGACAAGCCAGUCACCACCGCCCGUCAAUAUACUGAGUAAUUGUCAUUGUCGUUGUAGUUGUCGUCGUCGUUGUCGUCGUCGUUGUCGCCAUCGUCAUCGCAGUCAACGUGUUUGCCAACGUCCAUGCAACGAGCGCAGUUUUUUCGAAAGCGGUAAGCGCGUUUUAGCAAACCCAGAGCAACCAAAAGCAAGCAACUGAGCAACCAGUCAGUAUUCAUUAUUCACAAUAUAUUUUGUGCUUUUAAAAUCUACCUAAGAACGUUAGCUGUAAUUAGAUAUAGAAAUCUAUUAAGUAUCCACUCACUUUGGUAGUGGGCGUUUAAGCUGUUGCGCGCGCAGCUGCUGAAUUGCUGAAUUUGUAGAAUUUAUUAUGUGCUUAAUUGCUUAAGUAGGCUACAUUGACGAGAGGGCUUGUGUGUUUAUUGGUAGGUGCGAGAAGAAAAAAGUGAGAGGAGUUUGAGGAGUUUCUUUUUUCUUUUAAUUUUUUUUUCAAAUAAGAAAGUCAGCUUGUGCGGAUUAUACAAUUCAAAUAUGUACAUGCAAGAAGAGAUUAUAGAAUGCGGUUAUAUAAUAUGUAUCUAAUUUCAGCACUUGUCUGCUUAUUUGCGCACGAAAAAGGCAAGAAAAAACAUUAAGCAUAGAAAUACGGUUAUAUGCGUUGACAGUACAUAUAUGUAGAUAUAUUUAUACUAAAACGACAAGUUGGUGAGUUGAAACCUGAAAAGCUAAAAUUGAAAUGAAAUGAUGUGAAAUGUACAAGAAAGGCGCAAGUAUCGACUUACUUGAAUUGCUAUAAGUAUUUUACUUUUAUUAUUUUUGUCUCUCUUAUUUUAAAAUUUUUUUAUUAUUUGUACAAGUGAAAGUGACCUAA